UGUUUACAUCGUUUACAUUAACCAGAAAGGGGUAAACCGCCAUUACCCUAUACUUCCCUCAUCAUAAAGUGCGGAUAUAUUUAUUAAAAAUUAUUAACUAAUUAGUAAAAUUUCCAAGAAAUCAAUAUUCCAGACGUUUAUUAGUUGUGUUUGAAAAUUAAAAAUUGUGUUUUUAAUUUUCAAUUAAAAAAAACCAAUUACAAACUUCGCAAUAGUUAUAAACAUAGUGCGAAGGAAUCAUAAUUUUACAGAUUAUAAAUGUACGUAUUGCAAAACGCAACAUAACCUCAAAAUGAAUGAUCACGAUAAGGAAAUACCGGCUUCUCUCAGUCAGCAAAUUGAAAUUUUACUUCAAGGAGAUGAUCCAAUAAAAGCUGUGGACAUUAUUAAUGAUGAAACAAAUCUCGAUGCACUUAAAGAAUCAUCUUGGAAUAUCGUCAAAAUUGUGACUCCAUAUUUAAAAAUUGAAAAUGCAAAGGAAAAUGCCCAAUUAUUCAAGACUUGUGAAACGAUUCUCAACGUCGUCGCAGAGAAAUGUAAACCAUCCGAGACAGUUUUGGAAAUAUUGGAGGAAAUCGAGAACGAAGAGAACGAUGUAAAAUUAUUCGCAUUAUUAAAGCCAUUAAAACGAGCAUUACAACGAUUGGAGGAUAAGAGUAAAUCUUUCGAUUGGUGCACGAAUACGAUAAAAUAUUACAUCGAUGGUCUUCCGCCUUAUGAAAAUAAAAUCGCUUUUGAAGAAAUCGAUUCGGAGGGAUGUAGAAUUAUUGAUCUUUACAAGGAAAUUCUGUUGUUUUUAAAACCGUUCAUUGAAGAAUCAUCGAUUCGUGAAGGAAAUAUUAGUCCAAUUCGAAAUCAUUUGCUUAGUUUACUUCUCUCAUUGCUGGGUAAACCUUUGUGUCAAUUGCCAGAAAGUUUACGAUCUGUUAAAGAUAUUUCCGAAAUGAUAGUGAUUAAUAUUUGUAAAUUAACUGGAGAUUGCUUUCGAUUUCUUUCAAUAGUUGUCGAACGAGAUAAACGGAGCAAUGAAUCGGAAAACAAGUCCGAUCUCUUUGAAUCAACAUGGCAAGUUUCAAAUUUAUCUUACGCUAAUUUUUAUUAUUAUUUACUCACCAAGGAAUCGUUAAUUGAAAAUAUUCCCCAAGUUUAUGAUUUGGAAUACAUUCUACACAAUUGUUUCUAUCUCGCCUACGUCUUUCUCGAGAAAACCGAACCAAUUUUCGUUUCUAAAGGUCUGAGUCUCAUUGAAUCGAUCAUUGAUCGACCGGAAAAGUAUUCUCUAAGUCAACAAACAUUGGAAUUUUCAGUGCAUUCGAAAUUAUUCUCCUGCUUGACGCAAGUGAUAAUUUACUGUGAAUCGGAUAAGGAACGAAAGAGAGCUUUGAAAAUUUUCAAAAGUUACAUUGAUUUAUUUACAAUUCAAGCGAGAUAUCAAGUUCUUUUACAACUCUAUAAGGUGACCAAACAUUCCGGACUUUUGAGUUUAAUUAGUGUAAUUGUCAAAGAUUCGGUAAUCAUGUGCCUUGAGAGGAAUCCACCAUUGAAUUAUUUUCUCGGAUCAAAUUUGCAUAGUUUACUUUCAAUUGUCUGCAAUUUACAACAUGGAAGUGCGACCGAUUUAAUUGAAAUUGCCGAGGAGAUUAUUGCUGCUUUGAAUUUGCUUCGUUUUCUAUCGAUUCGUGACAGUGAGAACGUUACUGGCUUUUGGAAUUAUGUGGAAAAUCUGGAGAAAUAUUAUUUAAAGGAUCUACGAACUGGAAUCGAUUUAAGUCGUGCUCACUGGAAAUUAAAAUUAAAUGAUUUGAAUGAAGAGAAGAAUUUAUCGAAAUCAAAGAAGGCGGAAAUUGAUAAUGUGACCGUGACAGUUGGUGGUGAAAAUUUAUCAAUGUUGCCUAUCAGUGAGAAAAUUAAAUUUACCCAUCAGGCGUUAAAUGCCUUGGACAUGAUUGAAAUUGUCUUGAUCCGCGUUAAUGAAUGUCUGGAGAAUCAUCGUCUUAAAUUCGCCUCGAAAAAUUAAAAUCUAAAAAUUAAAUUUAAAUAUUAACAAUAAGUUUUUUUUCUACCUGAUCUGUAAAUUCGAAUGAAUUUUGUAUAUUUUUGAAAUAAAUAAUUUUAAUAUCUUAAA